AUGGCUCACAAAGAGGUUAUGAGUGUUCCAGUCUCCAUCCUCAUGACUUCAAUCUGCUUGGAAAUCAGAGACAAGGUUUCAAUACAAUCUUAUUCAAAAUUAUUCACAGCUGUAAUGGUUGCAAAAUGUACUUUCACCAAGCAUUAACUCUGGGGUGUGAAGACAUACACUAUCAAGACAUUUCGUUUAUUUUUUUGGUAUUUUUUAUGAAUUAGGAAAUUUUUCUACAAUUUAUCUUUUGUUUUUGGGAAUGUGAAGUAGGCUGUGUAGAGAAAUAGGACAAAAUCUAAUCCAUAUUUAGAUGUAAUUCUAUGGCAGCAAACUGUAUAAGGAAGUGGUAUGAAGACUCCCACUAUACAUUGUAUAUAUAUAUAUAUAUAUAUAUUUCACAAUUUUGAAUUGAUAUUGUCUAUUGUUGAUAACAAAGUGGUGUCCACCAAUGAUUAUUUUGUGCCUAACCACUCCCUGGUACAGGGUUUGUUCUCAAAGAGAAGGCAUGUUGUAUCAUCCCUGACAAAGGCUGAAAUGCAUCAGAGUUUAGAAUGUUUUGUACUAUUGAACAUACCAUAAUGAUAAAACCAUUUAGCUAUAUGAAGAAUGGUUUGCUCCUCCUUGUUCUCUAACCCCCUUUACCAAAGAGCACAUUUGUCUUUGUUGCACACUUGUUAAAGACAGCAGUCUUGCAAUGUGUCUGAAGUGGUGGUCUUAUGAAGUGUGUUGUUGCAGGUGGACCUUCGUUACAAGACAGCCUUUCACUCUAGCGGCUGUUUUACUGAUACCUGGAAUUGUGUCAGUGGGGACUGUGGGAAUGAGACCAGUCUAGUGGUUAAGGCAGUGAGCCAGGAUAUAUCUGAGGGCUGGUGUCAGACAGAAGGAGUCAUGACUAGACACGUCUCCAAUAACAUACAAACUUUUGAUCUACAGUGAGUGUUUCUUUUAUAUUAAAAUCAUCCAUCCAUUACCAGUAUUUGUAUUAACCUGAUUUGUAGUAACAGUGCACAGCUAAGUUAUUACAUCCUGGUUACCAAAGUAGUUCUAUAGCAUAUGGGCAACAUUAGUUAAUGCACACAGUAUUGUACAUGAUGAACACCAUAACAACAAGAGUGUUUAGGAUGUGUUUUUGGAACUCACCUUUCACAUUUGUCUCUUUAUCAUUACAGAUUGGAUAGCUGUUGCUGGGUAUUCAACGAUAAUUCUGUUAAUUCUUGGAGGCUGUUGACUCAUGUGGACCUUGGGGUCAGGUCUGACACAGGGAAAGUCAACCGAUCUCCACAGACCACUGUCAUACCUCUGAUUAGGUAAAUACUGCUACUUAUCAGUGUAAAGUGAUUUAGUUCGAUGAACAAGUGAUUUUAUCAAUCUGUGUGUUGUAUUCAGUCAAUAGGAAACAGGUCUGAAACACUGCAAUAAUGGUCUCUCUCUCUCUCUCUCUCUCUCUCUCUCUCUGUCUCUCUCUCUCUCUCUCUCUGUCUCUGUCUCUGUCUCUGUCUCUCUCUCUCUCUCUCUCUCUCUGUCUCUCUCUCUCUCUCUCUCUGUCUCUGUCUCUGUCUCUCUCUCUCUCUCUCUCUCUGUCUCUCUCUCUCUCUCUCUCUCUCUCUCUCUCUCUCUCUCUCUCUCUCUCACAGUGUCCCUGUUAAUUGUCAAAGAGAUUUCAACCUGUUGUCCUUUGAUCCGGAUGGGGAUAUGGUCAGAUGCAGAUAUGCCGUACCAACGGAUGAGUGUGCCACAUCUAGUAACCUUCCUAAUGACUUCAGUCUACGAGGGGUUAGUAUCCAAAUAAAACAACACAGGAAACGAUGGACUAUGAUGAUGAUAGUAGGGAAUUAACCCUUAAUCAUCACCACGGUCAAUUUCUGUGCAGUAUUUGGCUGCUCUAACAGGGCAGGAAACACAACGGGGAAAAAAAUAUGUUUACAGAUUCCCCGCAAGCAGGUUACUGUCAUUUAACAUGCCAAGGCAGCAACCAGCUGGCCAAAGCAGGUUACUGUCAUUUAACCAGCUGGCCAAAGCAGGUUACUGUCAUUUAACAUGCCAAGGCAGAAACCAUCUGGCCAAAGCAGGUUACUGUCAUUUAACCAGCUGGCCAAAGCAGGUUACUGUCAUUUAACCAGCUUGCCAAAGCAGGUUACUGUCAUUUAACAUGCCAAGGCUGCAACCAGCUGGCCAAAGCAGGUUACUGUCAUUUAACCAGCUGGCCAAAGCAGGUUACUGUCAUUUAACAUGCCAAGGCAGCAACCAGCUGGCCAAAGCAGGUUACUGUCAUUUAACCAGCUGGCCAAAGCAGGUUACUGUCAUUUAACCAGCUUGCCAAAGCAGGUUACUGUCAUUUAACAUGCCAAGGCAGCAACCAGCUGGCCAAAGCAGGUUACUGUCAUUUAACCAGCUUGCCAAAGCAGGUUACUGUCAUUUAACAUGCCAAGGCUGCAACCAGCUGGCCAAAGCAGGUUACUGUCAUUUAACCAGCUGGCCAAAGCAGGUUACUGUCAUUUAACAUGCCAAGGCAGCAACCAGCUGGCCAAGCGGGUUACUGUCAUUUAACCAGAUGGCCAAAGCAGGUUACUGUCAUUUAACCAGCUUGCCAAAGCAGGUUACUGUCAUUUAACAUGCCAAGGCUGCAACCAGCUGGCCAAAGCAGGUUACUGUCAUUUAACCAGCUGGCCAAAGCAGGUUACUGUCAUUUAACCAGCUGGCCAAAGCAGGUUACUGUCAUUUAACCAGCUGGCCAAAGCAGGUUACUGUCAUUUAACCAGCUGGCCAAAGCAGAUUACUGUCAUUUAACCAGCUGGCCAAAGCAGGUUACUGUCAUUUAACCUGCUGGCCAAAGCAGGUUACUGUCAUUUAACCAGCUGGCCAAAGCAGGUUACUGUCAUUUAACCAGCUGGCCAAAGCAGGUUACUGUCAUUUAACCAGCUGGCCAAAGCAGAUUACUGUCAUUUAACCAGCUGGCCAAAGCAGGUUACUGUCAUUUAACCAGCUGGCCAAAGCAGGUUAAUGUCAUAACUUCAAUGUUAGAGUAACAUAAACAUGACUUUCUGAAUUACAGUACAUUAGGUCAUGGGCUGCUGUAAGAUAGGCUACUUUAGCAACAAAACUGACACGUGCGGAACUAUGGGGCAAAACAGAAGGGGUUGGCUUAGCUUGUUGACAACAUUGUUUAUUGAAAACAUAAAAUACACUUUCACAAUGAGCACUUGUUGUCUCUCAAAUACAUAGUUACAGUUGUUGGUUAGCUAGCUAGCUAUUUCUUUUUGCCAUAUUAGCAUAGACAUGACAUCAGUCAAACACCUGAAAACAAGACAUGGUAUUUAUGACAAGAUACAACGAGCUGAAACGAGCCAUCUACGAUUCCCCACAUGGCAGCUUCUUGUCAUUGUUGCUAACUCUCUGAUCGUUCAGAAUCAUAACGCAUGCCUUCCAGUCACAUCUAUAUUAUAUCUGAAAAAUAAUACUUUGGGUGUGUUUAUGACGGUCUUUGGUGACAUUAGAAUACAAAAAUAUAUAUAUUUCAAAAAUAACAAUAGCAUUUUCAUUAGUUUAUGUUACUGUAUCUGCUGCAGUGUGCUCACUUCGAGAGGAACAGUGGUUCUUCUUGGAGAAAGUGGUAUCUAGAAAAAUGUUGAGUGUUGACAAAUGUAAGUGUUUUGGAAACCUCAGAAUCUGCUCUUCUGAUACUAUAUAGAAAUCAAAAUCUUACCUGCAUGUGAUUCUGUAGGUGGAUUUGAAAAUUUGGCUCGAGAAUAAAUAAAUAAGAACUUUCUUCCUAAAACUGUUUGUGAUAUCGAAAUUCUAAAAACAUCUCUGUGUUAAAUAGACUUAUUUAGGGAAAGAUUGGGGCAUGACUUAAAAAACUAGCUGAGAUAUUUCACUUUAAAAUGUAUAUGCAGUCAAAAUGACUGUCUCGGCUCGUCUAGUGUUAAGUGUUAUAUAGUUAGUUGAUAAGUUGUUGUUGAUGGUUGAAUGACAAUCAUGUGAUUGCUAUAACUUUCCAGGUUGAGAUGGCGGUCCCAAGUUUGUUUCCAAAAAGUAUUUCUGUUGCACACCACUAAUUAGGGUAGAUGAUGCACUUUAGAGACGAAUCCCCAGAUUUUCAGUAAACUGAUUCAAAUCCCGAGAUUCUCAGUAAACUGAUUCAAAUCCCCAGAUUCUCAGUAAACUGAUUCAAAUCCCCAGAUUCUCAGUAAACUGAUUCAAAUCCCCAGAUUCUCAGUAAACUGAUUCAAAUCCCCAGAUUCUCAGUAAACUGAUUCAAAUCCCCAGAUUCUCAGUAAACUGAUUAGAAUCCCCAGAUUCUCAGUAAACUGAUUCAAAUCCCCAGAUUCUCAGUAAACUGAUUCAAAUCCCCAGAUUCUCAGUAAACUGAUUCAAAUCCCCAGAUUCUCAGUAAACUGAUUCAAAUCCCCAGAUUCUCAGUAAACUGAUUCAAAUCCCCAGAUUCUCAGUAAACUGAUUCAAAUCCCCAGAUUCUCAGUAAACUGAUUAGAAUCCCCAGAUUCUCAGUAAACUGAUUCAAAUCCCCAGAUUCUCAGUAAACUGAUUCAAAUCCCCAGAUUCUCAGUAAACUGAUUCAAAUCCCCAGAUUCUCAGUAAACUGAUUCAAAUCCCCAGAUUCUCAGUAAACUGAUUGAAAUAAUAAAAUGUAGGUUUUAAUCAGUGAUUUCCCAGCCAUCCUCCUGCAAUGUUGACACUAAUCUAGUGAGCACCUUUGGAGCUCCACCCAAGCAAGGCAUUUGAUUGUUUUUUAAAUUUUUUAUUUGUUUAACCUUUAUUUAACCAGGUAAGCCAGUUGAGAACAAGUUCUCAUUUACAACUGCGACCUGGCCAAGAUAAAGCAAAGCAGUGCGAUAAAAACAACAACAACACAGAGUUACAUAUGGGGUAAACAAAACAUACAGUCAAUAACACAAUAGAAAAUCUAUAUACAGUGUGUGCAAAAGUAGCAAGUUAUGGAGGUAAGGCAAUAAAUAGGCCAUAAUGCAAAAUAAUUACAAUUAGUAUUAACACUGGAGUGAUAGAUGUGCAAGAGAUGAUGUGCAAAUAGAGAUACUGGGGUGCAAAUAAGCAAAAUAAAUAACAAUAUGGGGAUGAGGUAGUUGGGUGGGCUAAUUACAGAUGGGCUGUGUACAGGUGCAGUGAUCGGUAAGGUGCUCUGACAACUGAUGCUUAAAGUUAGUGAGGGAGAUAAGAGUCUCCAGCUUCAGAGAUGUUUGCAGUUCGUUCCAGUCAUUGGCAGCAGAGAACUUGAAGGAAUGGCGGCCAAAGGAGGUAUUGGCUUUGGGGAUGACCAGUGAGAUAUACCUGCUGGAGCGCAUACUACGGGUGGGUGUUGCUAUGGUGACCAAUGAGCUAAGAUAAGGCAGGGAUUUGCCUAGCAGUGAUCUAUAGAUGACCUGGAGCCAGUGUGUUUGGUGACGAAUAUGUAGUGAGGGCCAGCCAACGAGAGCAUACAGGUCACAAUGGUGGGUAGUAUAUGGGGCUUUGGUGACAAAAUGGAUGGCACUGUGAUAGACUACAUCCAAUUUGCUGAGUAGAGUGUUGGAGGCUAUUUUGUAAAUGACAUCGCUGAAGUCAAGGAUCGGUAGGAUAGUCCGUUUUACGAGGGCAUGUUUGGCAGCAUGAGUGAAGGAGGCUUUGUUGCGAAAUAGGAAGCCAAUUCUAGAUGUAACUUUGGAUUGGAGAUGCUUAAUGUGAGUCUGGAAGGAGAGUUUACGGUCUAACCAGACACCUAGGUAUUUGUAGUUGUCCACAUAUUCUAAGUCAGACCCGCCGAGAGUAGUGAUUCUAGUCGGGCGGGCGGGUGCCAGCAGCGUUCGAUUGAAGAGCAUGCAUUUAGUUUUACUAGUGUUUAAGAGCAGUUGGAGGCUACUGAAGGAGUGUUGUAUGGCAUUGAAGCUCGUUUGGAGGUUUGUUAACACAGUGUCCAAUGAAGGGCCAGAUGUAUACAAAAUGGUGUCGUCUGCGUAGAGGUGGAUCUGAGAGUCACCAGCAGCAAGAGCGACAUCAUUGAUAUACACAGAGAAUAGAGUUGGCCCGAGAAUUGAACCCUGUGGCACCCCCAUAGAGACUGCCAGAGGUCCAGACAACAGGCCCUCCGAUUUGACACAUUGAACUCUAUCUGAGAAGUAGUUGGUGAACCAGGCGAGGCAGUCAUUUGAGAAACCAAGGCUAUUUAGUCUGCCAAUAAGAAUGUGGUGAUAAUAAUAUAAUAAUAUAAUAUGCCAUUUAGCAGACGCUUUUAUCCAAAGCGACUUACAGUCGUGUGUGCAUACAUUUUUGUGUAUGGGUGGUCCCGGGGAUCGAACCCACUACCUUGGCGUUACAAGCGCCGUGCUCUACCAGCUGAGCUACAGAGGACCACGUGAUUGACAGAGUUGAAAGCCUUGGCCAGGUCGAUGAAGUACUGUCUUUUAUCGAUCGCGGUUAUAAUAUCGUUUAGGACCUUGAGCGUGGGUGAGGUGAACCCAUGACCAGCUCGGAAACCAGAUUGCAUAGCGGAGAAGGUACAGUGGGAUUCGAAAUGGUCGGUGAUCUGUUCGCACUGCUUUGACGUGUUGCGAGGCGUCACUGAUUUACAGCGGGUUCCCAACCCUAUUUAGCUAUUUACAUUUUAGUCAUUUAGCAGACGCUCUUAUCCAGAGCGACUUACAGUUAGUGAGUGCAUACAUUAUUUUUCAUACUGGCCCCCCGUGGGAAUCGAACCCACAACCCUCGUGUUGCAAACGCCAUGCUCUACGAACUGAGCCACAUCCCUGCCGGCCAUUCCCUCCCCUACUUCAUAAGGCAUUUAUAAGUUAUAUCCUUCAAGAAUCUAUGGGUUAAUAUAAUUAAUUUAAAAGUCAAAAAAUGUAUGUAGCAAUCGUGGAUUGCCCCUUUAAUGUUGUUUUGAUCUUGUCUCCCUUAGGACUGCACCUUGUCAUUCUGGGGCAACAGAAACACCACUGGAACAUAUGCAGUCCAGAUGAUGAUGGAGGACUUCCCGACUCAGUCCAUCUCUCUCUCCUAUACUAACGGAUCUCAAUCUAACAGGACCUCAAAUAAUACACUCAGCAAACUGCCUGUUCAGUUUGCAGUGAGAGGUACAUAUAUAUGAUCUAGACACUGCACAAAAAAAUAUAAACAUGCAACAAUAUCAAAUAUUUUACUCAGUUACAGUUCUUACAAGGAAAUCAGUCAAUUGAUAUCACAUGACUGGGAAUACAGAUAUGCAUCUGUUGGUCAAAGAAACCUUAAAAAAAAAAAAAGGGCCUCACAAUGGGCCUGAGGAUCUCGUAAUGGUAUUUCUGUACAUUCAAAUUGCCAUCGAUCAAAUGCAAUUGUGUUCGUUGUCCGUAGCUUAUGCCGGCCCAUACCAUAACCCCAUCGCCACCAUGGGGCACUCUGUUCACAACGUUGACAUCAGUAAACUGCUCGCCCACACGACGCCAUACACGUGGUCUGUGGUUGAGAGGCCGGUUGGACGUAUGGCCAAAUUCUCUAAAACGACGUUGUAGGCGGCUUAUGGUAGAGAAAUGAACUUUCAAUUCUCUAGUCACAUCUCUGGUGAAUAGUCCUGCAGUUAGCAUGCCAAUUACACACUCCCUCAAAAAAUUGAGACAUCUGUGGCAUUGUGUUGUGUGACAAAACUGCACAUUUUAGAGUGGCAUUUUACUGUCCACAGCACAAGGUGCACCGGUGUAAUGAUCAUGCUGUUUAAUCAGCUUCUUGAUAUGCCACACCUGUCAGGUGGAUGGAUUAUUUUGGCAAAGGAGAAAUGCUCCCUAACAGGGAUGUAAACAAAUGUGUGCACAAAAUGUGAGAGAAAUAAGCUUUUUGUGCGUAUGGAACAUAUCUGGGAUCUUUUAUUUCACCUCAUGAAACAUUGGACCAACACUUUACAUGUUGUGUUUAUAUUUUUGUUCAGUGUAGUUUAUCUUUAUAUCUAGGUAGUUUCUAAUAAGUAGUUUCUUUUUAUAAAAAAUAAGAUAAUGCCUAUGCCUUGUUUCCAGUAGAAGUAGUGAUUGUCAUUGCAUUUUAUGCAGAGUUGCCAACCCUGUAGCGUGGUUGUGGUACUGAUUCAUUCUGAAAAACAUGCAGCAAUGGUUUGUCUUUCAGUGGACCCCCCGGUGCCAUCCUGUAUGGAGGGGCUAUACCUACCCAUGUUCCUGUCUCCAACGCCAGCCCAGGGUGCACUGCUCUACGCCUCUGUGAACCAACCCCUGGAAAUCACUGUCAGAGCACAGGCUACCCAAUCCACGUAAGAGAAAAUAAACGUGGAAACACAUAGCCGAUAGGUAUAGCCUAAAUCAGGGAUUUUAAACGUAAUAGUUCGACGGACGGGUGUGUUGAUCAAUUAAGUUCAUUCAUUAGUUAGAAACUCCCCUCACCUGGUUGUCUAGGUCCUAAUUGAUUAGUUGGGACCUCCCCUCACCUGGUUGUCUAGGUCUUAAUUGAUUAGUUAGGACCUCCCCUCACCUGGUUGUCUAGGUCUUAAUUGAUUAGUUAGGACCUCCCCUCACCUGGUUGUCUAGGUCCUAAUUGAUUAGUUAGGACCUCCCCUCACCUGGUUGUCUAGGUCUUAAUUGAUUAGUUGGGACCUCCCCUCACCUGGUUGUCUAGGUCUUAAUUGAUUAGUUGGGACCUCCCCUCACCUGGUUGUCUAGGUCUUAAUUCGACACAAAUUAAAAGGAAGUAACAAAAACCAGCAGGCCCUCCAGGAAUAGAGUUUGACCCCCCUGGCCUAAUGCAUUAUGACAGUGAGAGAAACACAUUGUAAAACUAUUUGUCAGUAUUGAGCGGCAGUGGACUGUGGAUCUGGAACUUUGAGGUAGAGGUCUGAGCGUGACUGAUUUCUGUCCCACGGUGUUAUUUUAUGCGUAGUGGAGCAGCUCACUUGCCAGCCAUGGCUUCAGCAAUUUUGCGCCCGAUGGGCAAUAUCAAAUUAGCAUUUAAAAAAAUAUAUUAAUAGAUUUCCUGAGAUUCUCACGUGGACCAUUAUAUUAUCUGUAUUACUGGGCUAUAUCAGCCAAUAGGCUAUCUGUAUUACUGGGCUAUAUCAGCCAAUAGGCUAUCUGUAUUACUGGGAUAUAUCAGCCAAUAGGCUAGAUGUAGUUUGAAGAGAGCAGAGUUGGAGAAACUUACACUUUCUCUUGAGCUAUUUUUAUAGCAUACCUUUUACAUUUUUUUUACAUUUUAGUCAUUUAGCAGACGCUCUUAUCCAGAGCGACUUACAGUUAGUGAGUGCAUACAUUCUUUUUUAUACUGGCCCCCAGUGGGAAUCGAACCCACAACCCUGGCGUUGCAAACGCCAUGCUCUACAUCCCUGCUGGCCAUUCCCUCCCCUACCCUGGGCCAAUUGUGCGCCGCCCCAUGGCUAUCAGCAAAGCCUUGUCUGUCAGCGAAACAGUUCAUUUACUGCCUUAAAAAAAAAACAUAGCUGAUAUGGCUGACUUGCUUAAACAAAUGUGGUUUUUACUGACAAUUGAGAUGUACAAACUAUGGCAUAAGGGGACGACGAGCGGAUAAGAGGCAAUCCGUAAUUUCGAUGAAGACAUUAAUGAGCGAUCUAGGACGGACGUAGUCAAUAUAACUAUUUGUUCAGCACUUUUUAAAUGUACAGCGACAGAAUUCAGAACAUGGGCCGUUCUUACAGUGUUCUCCCUGUACACCAAGUCAGAACCGUAGGAUAAAUAAAGGGGGCGUAUAAGCAGACAAUGAAAGCUCUUACAAUAUUCGAUGAUUACAUUUCUCUAAAACAGGUUACAGGCUACAUGUGCACCACCAAGUCAGAACAGUAGGCGAAAUUAAGAGGAGAAAAUAGACCAAAUUAUUAGGGUGAGGCACAUUGAACACAAUUGAACACAUUGAACACAAUUCACUGGCAUAUUACAUCAUUUAUGCUGCAGCAUACAAUUCAUUUUUGGACUCACCUUGCUUACUUAAACAGGAAGGUGGCGCGACGGUCCUUUGUGGGCAAAUUCUGUCAUCAAAGUCUGGGAUUCUCUGGAUUUAUGGUGGGAACUUGGAAAUAAAACCGCACAACCACUCCACUGAAUAGGAGGCUAGUGAUCGCUUUGCAAUGCUUGCAGUUAGCCACGGAUUCCUUCCAAACCACCAUUGUUAAAUUUGCGAUUUCCAACUUGUUGUGUAAUGUUUAUGUCCAAUGGCCGAUGCGCACCUAUACGUUUUAUCUAUAAUUUAUCUUCAUUAUUUAUCUUCAUAUGACAAGGAUUAAAAAGGAUUUGCCAGUAGAUUGUCGACUUGAUUCAUGAUGAUGACUGCUAGCUAAGAUUUUGAAAGUGUGAUGUUGACAUGAUCAGUCCAAUCAAAGCUACUGUAGAUAUAACGUGUUUUGACGUCAUUUUAUUUGUGGCCAAUGACCUUGAACCUUCCUGGAAGGGCACUUAUAAUAUAACUAUGGCAGGACAUAUAGGGCUCUUUACUAAGAAUUUAGACUUGGCCUGUGACGUAGGGUCCCCAUGAGUGACAGAACACUGAGCCAAUCGGGCGCUACGCUCCGUAUUUUCCGCUGGCUUGCCCCAGCACCAUAGAAAGCACUGAGCUAGGCUGAAACACCUGCAUUAUGGAGCUGCCUUACUCAAGAAAACAAAAAAGAGACCAUGUUUGUAUGCGGCUUUAUUAACUCAAUGAUAUAUUAAAAAUAUAUAUUUUUUUACAUAGUUUGAGAACUGAUAUGUGACACCUAUUAAUGCCACACAAAAAAAACAAUAUAUAUAUAUAUAUAUAUAUAUAUAUAUAUAUAUAUAUAUAUAUAUAUAUAUAUAUAUAUAUAUAUAUAUAUAUAUAUAUAUAUAUAUAUAUAUAUAUAUAUAUAUAUAAUUAUUUUUGGCAAAAAAUGUGGGGCUCAAAACAGGUGGGCUACAGCCUGGUCUAUUUCACUGAGACCACAGGCGCACCUGAUCUCGCAGGUAUGGAUACUGAACUGGAAGCAGCAAGAAUGAUGACAGCGACACGUGCUACGUUUUGCAUAUAUGAUAUAGCCUAUCUUUUAGGAGGAUGAUUUGCUGGCAGAGACAAAUAAAAUGACAUUGUAUUUAUUUAUUUUUUCCUCCCUGUGUGUUUGAAGGGUUUCCGAGCUGUUGGUGAGUGGACCUUCCACUAUCACAAAGAACACCACGGUCCCAGGAGAGUACCUUCUAAGAUGGACGCCCACUGAGGAUGAGGAGAGAGGGUACUAUCCUGUGUGCUUCAUCGCUCGGGGAGCGAACAACAGGUCAGUCUGCAGCCCCUUAAACUGGAAACUUACAGCACAAUAUAUUGUGUUCCAAUGACUUACCCCGAUUAAAUUAAGGCAAAAAAUUAACUUCAACUUGAAAACUUGUUUAAUCCAGCAUUUCUGUAGCCUACUAUCAAGACUAUCAGUUAAAUGUAAAUGUAGAAACAUUUUGGUUGAAUGCAUUCAGUUGUGCAACUGACUAAGUUCCUUCCCUUUCCCGUCAAUGGUAUGUGUUUUCUUUUUUUUUAUGCCUUAUUAAAACCAAUGGUAUGUGGUUUGUUUGGUUUUGUAGUGGUUUAUUAAAACCAAUGGUAUGUGGUUUGUUUGGUUUUGUAAUGGUUUCUUAAAACCAAUGGUAUGUGGUUUGUUUGGUUUUGUAAUGGUUUCUUAAAACCAAUGGUAUGUGGUUUGUUUGGUUUUGUAAUGAUUUAUUAAAACCAAUGGUAUGUGGUUUGUUUGGUUUUGUAAUGAUUUAUUAAAACCAAUGGUAUGUGGUUUGUUUGGUUUUGAAAUGUUUGAUUAAAAUGCUGUUUAAGCAAAGAUCUGAACAGUGUAACGGAUGUUCCCACUUCUGUUGAUCAGCUCCAAGUAUCACUCUGAGCUGCGCUGCGUGAUCGUCAGUGUUGGAAACACAAGCGGUGGGUACAGUAUAACUACAGCAUGUUCUCUUGAUGUUAUUGAUCCCCUUUCUGGUGUUCUGGUAGUCUCGCGGUUACUUACAGAUGCUAGUUGAAAUGCAUGUUUGAGACAAUUACCAAUCAAUCAACCAAUCUUUGUCUUGUCUUGUCUGUCUUUGUGCUGCAGCGAUCAGAACCACGCAGAAUGCAACUGCACUUCCAACUACCACCCAACCAACUACUGAACUCACAACCGCACCCACAAAUUUCAGUACACAGGCAACCACAACUACCACAGCACCCACACCUAACACAGUGAACACAACUAACACAGUGAACACAACUAACACAGUGAACACAACUAACACAGUGAACACAUCUAACACAGUGAACACAACUAACACAGUGAACACAACUAACACAGUGAACACAUCUAACACAGUGAACACAUCUAACACAGUGAACAAACCUAUCACAGUGAACACAACUAUCAUAGUGAACACAUUGAACACAGUGAACAAACCUAUCACAGCGAACGCAACUAUCAUAAUGAACACAUUGAACACAGUGAACAAACCUAUCACAGCGAACGCAACUUUAAGUACAAACCCAACCACCAAUCUCCCAAUCAAUAAUGUGGUCAAUACAUUAAACAUCAUUGGGCCUAGUAAGUAAAAUAUUAACUUUUUUUCAAAUUUUUUAAAUAAUGUGUGUGUGUGUGUGUUGUAGUAAUUUUGACUGUGUAUCCACAGGAUACAUUGUUGGACUGAGGAUAAAACUGUCCUCUCUGAUCACACUAACAGAUGAUUACAUCAGAAACGUGGUCUUACAGCAGGUCAGUCUCACUGUCAGAUCAGACAGGUUCAUAGUCAGCUAACGACAGGUUUCUCCUCAGCUCUACCUGAUAAUCACUGCGUGUGUUCUGGUUCCAGCUCCGCGAGGAACUGAUCAGACGAGGGCUGCCAGGGAACUUCACACUACGCCUGAGAGCCACUUAUGAGAUCAGCCCCUGAGGGAGGGACAGGAAUUCAUCUCAAGUUUCUUUACUCCUACUUGUAUUUCCUUCCUGGUAUCUGAUUCUGCAGAUAGUUAUUUUGAAGAAAAAGGGGUUCCUUACAAUGACUGUAUUUGGUUGUUUUGUACUUAUCUCUCGUGGACAGACGCACGUAACAUAAAUUAUGAUUUUUGUUCUGGGUUACCAAGAUUAGUUGAAUGAACUGACAGUACGUCGCUCUGGAUAUUAGUUGAAUGACUAAAAUGUUAAUUAUUUAUGGCUACAAGAAGAAAUAGAACAUAAAUGUGGUUUCCCUGUUUGGUUAAGAACAGAGGUAACUGAAGUUUUUUCCUGUAUGGUAAUGUGACAUUUACAUUUAAGUCAUUUAUCAGACGCUCUUAUC